GCAGUUCCCACUGAGUUUAGUUCCCACGCAUCUAAGGUUUGGUCCAAGCUCUCUAAGUCUUUAUAGAUAUCAUAACCUAUACAAUGGUUAGUGACGGCUUUCGAUGUAACUUCUGGAUCCAGCACCCACAACAGCCUUCAACGGCGUGGCAUGUGAGAGAAAACUUAUUAGCUUCUGUCUUCUCACUUCAUGCUCGUCAACCUCUCACCUUCACAUGUCAUCCAUCGAAAGCACGGAUGUCGACCUUGUAACGACUCUCGUCCGUCAACAAGGUGAAGAGUUGCUGAAAGUGCGAAAGGAUCUGGAGGAAUCCAAGAAACUCUACACUACGGCUGUCGAUGUUGUCUCCACAUCCAAAUUCCGUGUAGAAAAUGCUAUAAGAACAUCGUCGCAAUGGCAGUCGAAAUUUGCGACGAUGAUAUCCGAUUUAGCAUUUCUUCAAUCCGAGCACGAAGCGUCAUUGGCCGAAUUGAAAGCCACCAGCACGGAAUUGCGUGCCACGUUGGGAUUGUUCAAUUCAAGAGAUGUCCCGACGACUGUCUCUGCAUCCGAGUCUCCCAUCUCGAAUGCAAAUCCGGCUGUACUAGCAACUCCAGAAGAUCCAGUAGAUGGUUAUACCAGCGAGUCGUCUAUUGUAAGUUAGUCUUUCAAGAUGUGAAUCACGAUUGCUGAUUAUGAACACACGCUAGAGUGAUAUUUCCGUCGAUGAAGAAGAACUUGACCUCGAUGAAAGUCAUGAAACGCAUAUAUCCGUAAAUCGUGCUUCUGUUGCGGGGUCA